AUGGCCGCUUCUACAACUAGACCCCAAUUCGCAUCGACGUCGCUCUAUGUGGGUGACUUGUCCCCUGAUGUUUCAGAAACCGUCCUGUACGAAUUCUUUAACUCGGUUGGUCCAGUCGCCUCCAUCAGG